AUGGCAACGUCAGCUGCAGCAGCCACACCUCCUGCGCCGCGCCUGACAAAGUGCCCGCCGAUUCGCAUCAGCCUCUGGCGGAUGCCGUCGGACGGUGAGAGCGGUGUGCUGGUGUGGGACUCCCAGGUCGAGGUGCCCGACAUUUGGGGCACCGAGGGACACGAUCUUGCAGAGCUGGAAGACAUGUCUGUCACGGCCAGCUGCUGGACAAAGAAGGGCAGAGAGGCGACUCUGGUCGUCCAGGUGUCGCGGAAGGACGUGAAAGGUGCUCGACCGUUGAAAGCCGCACGAUAUCUGUGCAUCUACAACGUCCAGACGGGUGCACAAGAGCGUGCGAUACCCAUUGACGAGAGCCCGGCAUCGGUGGUCGGGUUGACGUGGGUUCCUACCGACGAGCUCGAAGCACCCUGCACACUCCCUGACUCGCUGUCCGACAGGGAAGUGCUCGUCAUGUUCUCAAUCUCCUCAAUCCUCUACCACGGCACGCCGAUCUGCCAAGAGAGCUCAAGCAAGGACCAGGGCCACCAACACCACUUCGACGAAAGGCAUUAG